UCUGUUGACGUGUUUGAAUUAAUAUCAGAAUGUUAUACCGUACGCGUUAUACUAUGUUGAAGAUUUUCUUCGGAAUUCACAAGCAACGUGUUAAACCAUGUAAUGGAGGUUUUAUUAUUUGCAGACAUAAACGAGUGUUCGCCUAACCCUUGUCUGAACGGUGCGCAGUGCAUUGACGGAAUAAAUUCGUACAAGUGCGCAUGCGCAGCAGGAUAUCAAGGCACACGCUGCGAAAUUAACAUUAACGAGUGCGACCCCAACCCUUGUCUAAAUGGUGGCAAAUGUACUGAUGGAAUCAACGCGUUUACUUGCGCGUGCGAGGCCGGCUAUCAAGGAAAAACGUGCGAAAUUAACAUCAAUGAGUGCGACCCCAAUCCAUGUUUGAAUGGCGCAAAAUGCAUCGACGGCAUAAAUUCGUUCACGUGUUCGUGUUUGGCCGGGUACAACGGGCAGAAAUGUGAAACAAACAUAAACGAGUGUUCGCCCAACCCUUGUCUGAACGGUGCACAGUGCAUUGAUGGCAUUAAUGCAUACACGUGCUCAUGCGCAGCAGGAUAUAAAGGCACACGCUGCGAAACAAACAUCAACGAGUGCGACCCCAACCCCUGUCAAAAUGGCGGGAAAUGUACAGAUGGAAUCAACGCGUUUACGUGCGCAUGCGUACCCGGAUAUCAAGGCAAAACUUGCGAAACUAACAUCAAUGAGUGCGAUCCUAAUCCGUGUUUGAAUGGCGCCAAAUGCAUCGACGGUAUCAACGCGUUCACGUGUUCGUGUUUGGCCGGGUACAACGGGCAGAAAUGCGAAUCAAACAUCAACGAGUGCGACCCCAACCCCUGUCAAAAUGGCGGGAAAUGUACAGAUGGAAUCAACGCGUUUACGUGCGCAUGCGUACCCGGAUAUCAAGGCAAAACGUGCGAAACUAACAUCAAUGAGUGCGAUCCUAAUCCGUGUUUGAAUGGCGCUAAAUGCAUCGACGGUAUCAACGCGUUCACGUGUUCGUGUUUGGCCGGGUACAACGGGCAGAAAUGCGAAUCAAACAUAAACGAGUGCUCGCCCAAUCCAUGUCUGAACGGUGCGCAGUGCAUUGAUGGAAUUAAUGCGUACACGUGCACUUGCGCAGCGGGAUAUCAAGGCACAAACUGCGAAAUAAAUAUCAAUGAAUGUGACCCCAACCCUUGUCUAAAUGGCGGAAAAUGUACAGAUAAAAUCAACGCGUUUACGUGCGCAUGCGUGGCCGGAUAUCAAGGCAAAACCUGCGAAACUAAUAUCAACGAAUGUCUCCUGAACCCAUGUCAAAAUGGCGGGACAUGUUCCGAUGGAAUCAACGACUACACGUGCGCAUGCGUGGCCGGAUAUGGUGGGAAAAGCUGCGAAAUAAACAUUAACGAGUGCCAACCAAAUCCGUGUCAAAAUGGCGGAACAUGCACUGAUGGAAUCAACGAUUACAAGUGCGCAUGCGUGGCCGGAUAUGACGGAAAGAGCUGCCAAAUAAAUAUCAACGAAUGCGACCCAAAUCCUUGCCAAAAUGGAGCCAAAUGUAUUGACGGUGUCAAUUCGUUUACAUGCGCAUGCGUAGCCGGAUACAAUGGCAAAACCUGCGAAAUCAACAUCAAUGAGUGUGACCCCAAUCCUUGUAAAAAUAGCGGGAAAUGUACUGAUGGAAUCAACGACUAUAAUUGCGCCUGCGUGGCCGGAUAUGACGGAAAGAGCUGCGAAAUCAAUAUCAACGAGUGCCAACCUAACCCAUGUCAAAAUGGCGGUAAUUGUACAGAUGGAAUCAACGAUUACACGUGCGCAUGCGUUGCCGGAUAUGCGGGAAUAAGCUGCUCAAUAAACAUCAACGAGUGCGAUCCCAACCCCUGUCAAAAUGGCGGGAAAUGUACGGAUGGAAUCAACGAUUUCACGUGCGCAUGCUUGGCCGGAUAUCAGGGCAAGAAAUGCGAAAUCAAUAUCAAUGAAUGUGAUCCCAGCCCUUGUCAAAAUGGCGGUAAAUGUAGCGAUGGAAUAAAUGACUUCACAUGCGCAUGCGUGGCCGGAUAUGAGGGCAAGAAAUGCGAAAUCAACAUAAAUGAAUGCGCGUCCAGCCCAUGUGCUAACGGGGCCACUUGUAUUGACGGUGUAAACUUGUACGAGUGCGCAUGCGUGGCAGGAUAUGACGGAGUUCACUGCGAAAUCAACAUCAAUGAGUGCGAUCCUAAUCCGUGUAAAAAUGACGGUAAAUGUACCGAUGCAAUCAACGAUUACAAGUGCGCAUGCGUGGCCGGAUAUGACGGGAAGAGCUGCGAAAUCAACAUUAACGAAUGUGCGCCUAGACCAUGUCAAAAUGGCGGCACAUGUACUGAUGGCAUUAACGACUUCCAGUGCGCAUGCGUGUUAGGGUACGCCGGAAAGAACUGCGAAAUAAACAUUGACGAUUGCUCCCCGACGCCUUGUAAAAAUGACGCCAAGUGCGUAGACGGAGUUGCGAGCUUCACGUGCAUCUGUAAUAGCGGUUGGCAAGGAGACCGUUGUCACCUUGACGUGAACGAGUGCGCCUCCAGCCCGUGUAAGAACGGCGCUACGUGCAACAACCUGCUGGACGCGUACACGUGCACGUGCGUGGCGGGAUACGAGGGAACCAACUGCGAGAUCAAUAUUGAUGAAUGUGCGACCGGUCCUUGCAAAAAUGGCGGCAAAUGCACGGACGGAAUAAAUUCGUACAAAUGCGCAUGCGUGACCGGAUGGACUGGACUUGACUGUGAAAUCGAUGUUGACGAAUGUGCCAGCUCCCCGUGCCAGAACGGCGCCUCGUGCAAAGACCACGUGGCCGGAUACACCUGCAACUGCGCUUCCGGUUGGCAGGGCGUACACUGCAAACAGGAUGUAAACGAGUGCGCAUCCAGCCCGUGCAAGAACGGCGCCACGUGCAACAACCUGCUGGACGCGUACACGUGCACGUGCGUGGCGGGAUACGAGGGAACCGACUGUGAGAUUGACACGGACGAGUGCGCGAGCUCUCCGUGCCAGAACGGCGCCACGUGCAUAGAUCACGUGAACAGUUACACGUGCAACUGCGUUGGAAACUGGGCAGGCACCCACUGUGAACUAGUGCACGGCAACUGGGCCACGUGGAAUGACUGGAGUAUUUGUUCGGUCACGUGCGCCAAUGGAACCGUGACCCGGUUACGCACGUGUACUGACCCUGCCCCCGUCAACGGAGGCAACAAGUGCUCCGGUGUCGACACGGAGGUUAACACCUGCUCAUUUGAUCCUUGUCCAGUUGACGGAGGGUGGUCUAUGUGGAGCGCCUACGGCGACUGCUCGGCCACGUGUAAGGGAGGCAACCGCACGCGGACACGUGACUGCACGCGCCCCGAACCUGCUUGGGGAGGCGCCGAGUGUGUGGGUGUGAAGUUCGAGAUUGGCGAGUGCAACACGAACCCUUGCAACGUGACUCCCCCGCAAGACGGCUUAUGGGGUGCCUGGCAGAAGUGGCAGGGUUGCUCCGUUACGUGCGGAAGUGGCGUCCAGAGGCGCUACCGAAACUGUGACAAGCCAGUUCCGAAAUACGGCGGCCUUCCGUGCUUGGGAGAAGGUUUCGAGGAACAGAAGUGCUCCGGCGCAAGUGCUUGUCCAUUGUCUGUUGACGGACAAUGGAGCGCCUGGUCAACGUCAACGUGUGACGUCACAUGCGGUAAUGGUAAGGUUGUCAAGCAGCGGAAGUGCGACAGUCCCGCCCCUAAAAACGGCGGUGCUCCCUGCCCUGGGGACAACAUGGAGGUUACGACUUGCAAGAAGGCGGCAUGCCCUGCCGAUUCAAUCGCCCUGAGUUUCGGGUCCGAGUAUGCAUCGAAAUGUCCAAAAGACUUUUUCACGUGCAAGAAAGGCAAGAUCACGUGCAUCCAGACGGAGUUUGUUUGCGACUGCUCUCCUGAUUGCGAUGAUUCAAGUGAUGAAGACAAGACGUGGGGAGGUUGUACGAAGAAAAUGGAAUGCUCUGCCGCUGCUGGUCUCAAGACAACCGUUCUGACACUUCUGCUAGGAUUCGCCACGUGGUUCCUUUCGUGUCGCUGGUAAUCAAGUGUCCUGAUGGAUCUGUCGCUGGUAAUCAAGUGUCCUGAUGGAUCUGUCGCUGGUAAUCAAGUGUCCUGAUGGAUCUGUCGCUGGUAAUCAAGUGUCCUGAUGGAUCUGUCGCUGGUAAUCAAGUGUCCUGAUGGAUCAUCGUUUACUUCCUAUCGACCAACUUAUCUUUUAUGAGUUAAUUGACUUUAGAACAAGUUUAUUGAACAUAGACCAAACAGUCUGACAAUCAAGCAGUUAAGUUUUGGCGACCAGAUAAAAAUACCAUUGCAACAUGAAUGGGCUGUUGAACUUUUUAAUUUACCGUACACCAAUGGACUGACAAUCAACCAGUUGUUUGAUAUUCGAACUUUUAACUGAACAAAGACCUGUUGAAAAACCAUUGAUCACUGAACCGACUUUCAACAAAAACGUUAGUACAAAACAGUUGACUAUCGUUGGACAUAUACUGGCAAAUAUUAGCCAAAUAAUAUACAUAUAAAAAUUAAAUAUGCUCUUAACAUUUUACUUAAAACAUGUAGUUUUUACAAUAUACCUUGUUAAUGGUCAUGUUUAUGUUCUUUUAUUAAAUGUAUUGUACUGUUUAACUUCUUUCUAUGUUAUGUGUGCAUUUAACUCUCAAUUAAUGUCUAUUAUGUUGCACGUUUUAUUCUGUAUGUUUAUAUCGAGUCGUGAUUAUAAAGUUUCGGAAAAACGAAAAAUAGGUUAACAAUAUUUGUAUAUCGUCACGUAUUAAUUAUAUGUUUCUAUCUCUCGAUUAUAUGCUUCUCGUCCUUUCUUUUUCUUUUAGAAAGAAAAUGGCUAUGUUUCCAAUGU